AUGGACACUCGGAAGCGGAAGAAAAAGGUGCUGCUGAUGGGCAAAAGCGGCUCAGGAAAGUCGUCCAUGCGCUCCAUCAUCUUCAGCAACUACGUAGCGAAGGAUGUCCGCCGGCUCGGAGCCACCAUCGAUGUCGAGCAUAGCCAUGCAAAAUUCAUGGGCAACCUGACGUUAAACCUGUGGGACUGUGGCGGACAAGAUGCAUUCAUGGACUCAUACCUCAACGCUCAGCGCGAGAACGUCUUCUCCGAUGCCGAAGUCCUCAUCUACGUGUUCGACAUUGAAUCGCGAUCAGUUGACCAAGAUCUGGAAACAUAUAGCCAAGUGAUCAAGGCAUUGAAAGAGUACAGUCCCACCGCCCAUAUCUUUUGCUUGAUCCACAAGAUGGACCUGGUUCAGACGGAGCACCGCGAGCGUAUCUAUGAGGAACGCUGCAAAUUGAUUGCUGCGCGAUCUGAGGGACUUAGUCUGGAGACGUUCGCAAGCAGCAUCUGGGAUCAGACAUUGUACAAGGCGUGGGCGGGGAUCGUGCACAAGAUGAUUCCGAAUCUGGUGGUGAUCGAACGGUUUCUGCAAGCGUUUGCGAAGCAGCUGUCGGCGGAAGAGAUAGUGCUCUUUGAACGGUCGACAUUCCUGACAGUCACCAACGUCGUCACUGAGUACGGGGAGGACAACCCGCAUCCGGAUCGGCACGAACGCAUCUCAAACAUCUUCAAGACGUAUAAACACACGGUCGCGAGGAAUACGAGGACCACGGCGGCAAGUGCAGGCUUCUUGCUGUUCAAGGUCCAGACACAGCGGUUCAACUGCUUUCUCGCCCGAUUCACGGAGAACACCUACAUCUUCGUCGUCGUUCCGCCAGGAGAGGCCGCCUUCAACUGUGCAGUGCUCAAUACCUUAAUGGCAAGAGAUGUCUUUGCCAAGAAGACUGGGGUUGAGGGUUGA